AAGUAUAUCAUUACAAUUCCAUCUUUCUUUACCUAGAUCUAAAUUCCAUUGACUAUAGUAUUACAAUUUUAUUAGUUGCUCAUAAAAACACUUUUUGCCUUUGUUUUCUUUCUCCUCGUUCUUUAGUCCUUACAAAAAAUAUAUAUACUCCAUGGGAAGCUAUAGAGUGUGUUGUUGUUUCACAAGACGGUUCGGGUUUACUGAAUCCGAACCACCAAGUGAAAUAAAAGAGUUGUUUAAAAAGUAUGUAGAUGGUGGAUAUUAUAUGACACCGGAGCAACUCCGGCGCUUUCUCGUGGAAGAGCAAGGGUUGUCUGACGCAACAACCGCCGAUGCCGAGAAGAUCGUGGAGGAUGUGUUGAAUCAGAGACACCACAUUGCUAAGUUUACCAGAAAUUCUCUCCCAUUUGAGGAUUUCUUCUUCUUUCUUUUCUCUGUUCAACUUAAUCCUCCUUUCAAGCCCAAGAUUCAUCAAGAAAUGAGUGCUCCAUUAUCGCAUUAUUUCAUAUACACGGGACAUAAUUCAUACCUGACAGGGAAUCAAUUAACAAGCGAUUGUAGUGAUAGAUUGAUUAUAAAAGCUUUGAAGCAAGGUGUUCGAGUUAUUGAGCUUGAUUUAUGGCCUAAUUCUAAUAAAGAUGGUAUUAAUGUUCUUCAUGGCAGGACCCUUACAGCUCCAGUAGACCUCCAAACAUGUCUAAAAGCAAUAAAUGAGCAUGCUUUUUGUUCAUCUGACUAUCCUGUUAUCAUUACACUUGAAGAUCACCUUAAACCUAAACUUCAAGCCAAAGCUGCUCAGAUGAUCACACAAACAUUUGGGACAUUGUUGUACUGCCCAGAUCAAGAAAAACCGGAAGAGUUCCCAUCCCCAGAAACAUUGAAACACAAGAUACUUAUUUCAACAAAGCCACCUAAAGAAUGUCUGGAAGCUGAAACUGAUAUGGUUGAUGUCAGUAGUAAUGCUUCAGAUAGGAGAAUGGACCUUCCAGAUCUUCAACAUCCUUCUCAGCGUAAGAUUAUUAAUGUGGUUGAAACUGAAGAAGAAGAAGGGAAUGGAAAUGAUGUUUGUUACAUAGAUAAAUCUCAGCGUUUUGAACCACCUGCAUACAGAUCUUUGAUUGCAAUUCCUCAGAGAAAAUGUAGGUUGGAGGAAGCAAUUAAGAAUUAUGAUCAAGGAAAAGCUAUUCGUGUGAGUUUGAGUGAACAAAAGCUAGAAAAAGCUGUAGCGUCUCAUGGCAAGGAUCUUGUUAGGUUUACACAAAAGAAUAUGUUAAGGAUUUAUCCAAAAGGAACUCGAUUUAACUCUUCAAAUUAUAAUCCAUUUGUUGGGUGGACUCAUGGAGCUCAAAUGGUAGCAUUCAACAUGCAGGGCUAUGGAAGAUCAUUAUGGCAAAUGCAUGGGAUGUUUAGAGCUAAUGGAGGAUGUGGUUAUGUUAAAAAACCUCAUUUUUUGAUUGACAAUGAUCAAGUAUUUGAUCCUAAACUUAAGUUACCCAUGAAGGUUACUUUGAAGCCAUCAAGUCGCAUGAAAAAGACAACCACUGGACUUCUGUAUUGGGCGCUCGAAUGAGCCAUUACCUUGCUCGAAUGAGUCCCUAUCUCCAACAACAGUCUUCAUCAGCUGCUUCUGCUUGGACGAGCCCACCACUCGCUCGAACAAGCGCCUGACGAGUAGCCUUCUGUAUGCUGUUGGCUCGUGCUUUGUUUGAGCCCAUCCUCCACCCAUGCUUUGCCUCGUUAAAGGCAUGGUAUAACGCUCAUUUGAUGCACUAUCGAUGCACUCAACUCCGUUGCACUCUCAUCGUUGCUCACAACAUAAUGUGCCUUGUCUUGAGUCAUUAAGUCAUCGCCAUCACACAUAGAUAAUCUGGAACUUGCACUAACAAUUUAUUUUGUUAAAAUUUUGGAGUUUUUGCUUUCAUAUCCCUUCCCUCCAUUCCUUCCCAUUAUAUUUAAUUUUCCUCUUCCUUUUCCUACAUUUCCUCAAAUUCAAACAUAUUGUAAUUCUCUUUCUAGUGUUUCAAAAUGGUUGUCCAAUAUUCUAACAUAGAAACAACAUUACAAACAUG